CCACACUCAUCUAACAACUACUAAUAUCAGCCCUCGACACAACACAUAUACCACCCUACAAAUAAAACUCCCAUCACAACCGUCACAAUGUCCCUCCGCAUCGCCCCCCCCUCCAGCAACCCAACUCAAACAACCAACACGACCACCCGCGCCGUCAUCGACCUCCCCCACCCCUCCAAGGGCGCCCCCUCGGCCCCCGGUCUCCCCGACACCCUCCGCGACAACAUCACUCUUCAAGCACCCCGGGGCCCUCCCUCCACAGCGACCACCACCCCAUCCUCGACGCACCCGCUCGAAGCCCGCCUCCUCGCGUGGCGCGCCACCCAGGAUGCAUUGAAAAUGGAGUCGCUGCGUCGGGCGUACGGCAUCGCGGAACCCGUGCGCCGCGGCAUGGAGUUGAAGAUCGUGCGGGAUGGGACGUUCAGGCCUGCUGCGUUGGGUGGUCUCGGAAUGGGAAAUCUCCAUGAGGAUAUUUUGGUCCUUGGUGGUAGGGAUGCUGAGGUGGGUUGGGAGGAUGUGUUUAAGGGUGAUGAGUUCCGUGAACCGCCUGCUUUCCAUGAUGAGAUGGAGAAGAGAUUGCGUAUGGAUCACUGAGUGGGUGGUAGUGGCAGUUCUUAG